CGAGCAAAAAGAGUGAAAAAGAAAAAAUCUUAGGUCCAAACUCCAAACCAAAAGAAACGUUUCCUUUUUUAUUUGUCUCUUUGCUUUAAUAAUUUUCCUCCUCACCGAAACACACCACAACCAUUCUUCUUCCAUCUUCUUCGUCUUCACAAAUUCGUGAAUUUCAUCAUCUGAGUUCUCUCAAAUUCACUUCCUUUUUUCUGUUCCUAGAUUUCAAGGUUUACUCUAUGUUCUUUACCUUAAUCUUCUGAGACUCUGGGAACAAUCCAGAUUUUUGGUUAGCAGGUGGGAGAGCAUUAAUCAUGUAUUUAUGAUACACUGCUCUAUUAUUAUUACGAGAGUUUAAUGUUUCCUUUUUGACCGUUUUUAAAAGCUAAGGAAGAAGAAAGACUUUGUCUUUAAAACCUUUUUCUGGGUAAAUUUGUCCAAAAUGCCAAUGUUUCAGCCUUUUAAGAACGGUGGCUUUGAUGGGCAUAUCUUAGAUCUACACACGGCGGUUAUAGACGGUGUGCUCGGCGGUUGCGGCGGCGGAGAUGGGAAAUUUGUGGUAGUUGUUACCGAUGAGAAGAAGAAAUUGGAUUUGAUGAAGAUGAUUUCUGAGCUGGAAUUACCUGAAAUACCCUCUGUUUUCAUCUGUCCAAUCUCUCUCGAGCCGAUGCAAGAUCCAGUGACCUUGUGUACUGGUCAAACCUACGAGAGGUCUAACAUUCUCAAAUGGUUCAAUUUAGGGCAUUGUACAUGCCCAACGACGAUGCAAGAGCUUUGGGAUGAUUUGGUCACUCCUAACAAGACUCUUCACCAAUUGAUCUACACUUGGUUUUCACAAAAGUAUGUUUUGAUGAAGAAACGAUCUGAAGAUGUGCAAGGAAGAGCUAUUGAGAUAUUGGGUACAUUGAGAAAGGCUAAAGGGAAAGCAAAGGUUCAUGCUUUAAGCGAGCUUAAGCAAGUUGUGAUGGCUCACACUAUUGCUAAGAAGACUGUUGUUGAUGAAGGUGGAGUCUUUGUGAUCUCUUCUCUUUUAAGUCCUUUUACUUCUCAUGCUGUUGGAUCUGAGGCUAUCGCGAUUCUUGUUAAUCUUGAGCUUGAUUCUGAUUCCAAAGCUGGAUUGAUGCAACCAGCUAGAGUUUCGUUGAUGGUUGAUAUGUUGAAUGAUGGUUCGAUUGAAACUAAAAUCAAUUGUGCUAGAUUGAUAGGUAGGUUGGUGGAGGAGAAAGGUUUUAGAGCUGAGCUUGUUUCUAGUCAUAGUUUGCUUGUUGGAUUAAUGAGAUUGGUUAAAGAUAGGAGACGAAGAAACGGAGUUUCCCCUGCGUUAACGUUGCUCAAAUCGGUUUCGGUUCAUAAGCAAGUUAGAAACUUGUUGGUUAGGAUUGGAGCAGUUCCUCAAUUGAUUGAUGUUUUGCCAUGUUUAGAUCCAGAGUGUUUGGAAUCAGCUCUUUUCGUGUUGGAUUCGUUGUGUUUAGAAAGCGAAGGGAGAAUCGCUUUGAAAGAUUCGGUAAACACGAUUCCGCAUACCGUUAGGUUACUGAUGAAGGUAUCUGAGAAAUGCACAAACUAUGCGAUAUCGAUACUUUGGUCAGUUUGCAAAUUAGCUUCUGAAGAAUGUUCAUCUCUUGCUGUUGAAGUUGGUUUGGCUGCAAAGCUUCUGCUUGUGAUCCAAAGUGGAUGUGAUCCAGCUUUGAAGCAACGUUCCGCUGAGCUAUUGAAGUUAUGUAGUCUACAUUAUUCAGACUCAAUGUUUAUCUCCAAAUGUAAACUCACAAGAACAAUCCAAUAAAAGACUAAUCAAGUUUUUCGCCUUUCGGGUCAAAAUCACGACACGGGUCAAAAUCGCGACACACACACAAGAUGGAUCUGCCCCAUCUUGUUGAUGUAUAUAGAGAUGAAGAAAUUCGGAUUCCAAGCUAUCGGUCUGAUGGUGCCUUCGAAGGAGAAGCACAUGGAGAAUGAGACAAAGAAACGAGUUUGGUUGUUGAAUUCUACAUUGCAAUGUGAUUGGAUUAAUAGCUAAGUAGAAGCAAACUGUAUAAAUCUUUUUGUUAUGUUUGGUUCAAUAUUCGGUAAAAGAAUAGAUUGAAGAAAGGAAUCAUUUUUUUUGGCCUCUUGUAACUUACUAGCUGUUUGUGAGUCAUAAUAAAUAAUUCGAGAAAUUAUUGA